AUGGAGGUGGUGUUGGCGAAAGAGUGUGAAUACCGUGUGGAGGUGCCGCCGCAGAGGGAAGUGGGCAUCAAGCUCGAAUCUGGAUCAGCCGAAAUUUUCGGCGUAGAAUUGGCUAUCGACCGCGAGUACUUGUUUCGUGAUCGAAAGCUGGCUAUCUUUACUUGGUAUGGUUGUACGUUAAAGGUGCGUGGUGCUCCUGAAGAGGCUUACAUUUCGGAAGAGACACCCAUGGAUAGCUACCUCAACAUACACGCUCAGCUCCAGCGCCGUCGCGAGCUGGCUAAGGCCAAGCACGUCGCCGGCCCCCGCGUGCUCGUCUGCGGACCCAUUGACAGCGGCAAGUCCACGCUUUGUCAAAUUCUUGUCAACUACGCGUUACGUUUGGGCGAGAAACCUACGCUUGUUGAGCUUGAUGUCGGACACGGCUUCCUCAGCGUCCCAGGUACGCUUUCAGCCACGCCAUUGGACAUGAACUCGCUUAGCAUCGAAGAGGACUUUAUUUUAACAAACCCGCUGGCUUACUUUUACGGUCAUGCCGCUUCCUCUGAAAAUGUCGAGCUUUUUCAAUAUCAGCAGCGACAACUGGCUAUGUCAGUCAAGAAAAGAAUGAACAAUGAUGAGGAAGUGAAUGGGUCUGGCUGCGUUAUCAAUACGAGCGGGUGGGUGGACGGCGCGGGUUUUGACCUGCUGGUACACGCCAUCAAGGACUUUGACGUGGACGUGGUUUUAGUCAUCGGUCAAGACCGUCUUUAUAGUCGUUUGCAGAGCGCACUGACUGGUCAGAAUGCGGACGGAGAUAAUAGGUCCAUUGUUAAGCUAUCGCGGUCAGGCGGAGUGGUCCCUUUAAAUAACAAACUUCGCUCGGCGGCACGCAUCAGUUGUAUUCGCGAGUACUUUUACGGAGCUCACUCACUCAGUCUGGCGAUUCCGUCGUUGUCACCCUGUAUCAAUGAAUUUUCGUUCGAUGACGUUACAUUUUUUGCGAUCAAAGACAUGAAGGUGUCCGAUGUAAUGCUUCCAGUCGGCCAAGCAGAGGUGCAGACUGACCGCCUGCGUGUGGUGCCUGUGGAGAAGACGGUAGACUUGGGUCACUCGUUAGCAGCUGUUGCACACUCGGGGGCUAACCAAAAUGCGUCCGAUUCAUCACCACUCAAUUUCUCGUGGCUUCUCGGUUCUCCUGCUGCAGGCUUUGUGUUUAUUAAGGAGGUUCGAAUGGCCGAACAGAAGUUGGUGCUUCUUGUUCCUUCUCCUGGUCCGUUACCUUCGCGGAAUCUAGUGAUAGGGUCAAUCAAAUGGAUGGAAUAA